AUGGCCGCCUCUCGUGACAAGUUGGUAGACAAGCAAGUGGUGGUCGUCGGCGGAUCUUCAGGCAUCGGCUAUGGCGCCGCCCUAGCCCUACUCGAACACGGCGCCCACGUAACAAUCAUCUCCUCAUCUCAAUCCAAAGUAGACGCCAUCACCGCCAAAGUCCAAAACGCCAAACUGAAAGGCCACGUCGGCAACGUCCGCGAUGAGGCAGCCUUUACACAACUCUUGCUCUCUCUCGCCCCAAUCGACCACCUCAUCUUCAGCGGCGUCGACAAAAUCAUCCGCGGCCCCAUCGCCGACGCUAACUUCGACGAGUGCCGCCACCUCUUCGGCGUCAAGUUCUGGGGUUCAGCAGUCUGCGGCAAAGCCGCCGCAAAGCACGACAUCAUUCGCCCCGGCGGCUCACUAACCCUCACCUCCGGCACUGGCGGCGUGGAUCCCGGCGUGACAGCAAGUAUUGGCGGGGCGCUGAACGCUGGCCUGUUCACGAUGACCAGGGGCUUGGCGCAGGAGUUGAAGGAGAAGAAGAUCAGGGUCAAUUGUGUGGUGCCAGGUAUCGUUGCGACGGAGCUGUGGGAUAAAAUGGGAAUGGAGGACCAAGAAACGAAGCUGAAGAAGAUGGGUGAUGCCUUGCCGGUGGGCUUUUGUGGUACGCCAGAGCAUAUUGCUGAGGCGUAUUUGUAUGCUGUGAGGGCUGACUAUGCUACUGGGUCUUUGAUCACGAUUGAUGGCGGUGGCUCCUUGCAUUGA